AUGCGCCACCCCGCCGGCGGAGCCAAGAGGAAGCUGAGCGCCAGCGGCAGCCACGAUCCCGGCAGCAACAAGGCCGGCAGGACGGCGAUGGGUGUGGAGAGGGGGGGAGACCUGGUGCUGAAUGGCCGUCACACAAUCCUUUUAAUUCAGGGCACACGGAACAAGGCAACAAGGACCUAUCUGGACUACGAAUCUGUGCCUUUGGCCAUGGAUGGCCUCAUCAACCUGUUCGAAAAGAAGCUUCGGGAGCUGAACCCCUCUAUACGGAGCCUCACUUAUGAUAUCAACGACCUCUACCAGUUCAUGGAUGAUAUGGAGGACAUCAGCGCAUUGGUGUACGAUCCCCAGAUCCAGGCCUAUGUCCCGUGCCCGAAAGACUGGAUCAAGAAGCGGUGUUUCAACCACCUGAAGCGUCAGGCAACGUGA